GUUCUGCGUCAUCGGGAAGCGCCGCCGGCCGACAUGGCGCUCUUCGCUGUCCCUAGGUACGUUAGCGAUGAAGAGGAUAAUCCGGAACACAAACCCCAGUUGCUCCUACAUCGGCUGCAGGAGCAAGCAAGAACUCGGCAGCUGCAAAAGCAGGAGCAAAACUGGACCACUUCUGAUCAGCUAAAGAGGUUGGAGCCUGAAAUCUCUGAAGAAGAGGCUGAGAAGGAACUAAAGAAAACAACCAAAAAGAGGGAAGUAAGUCAGGAAUCUCCUUUGGCCCAAAGCCACAGAGCAAAGGGUCGGAGACAACACGCCUGCGGGGAAGGAAGUUUCCCCAAAAAAGGAGACGGCUCAAGCAGAAGUAAAAAGAAUGGUGGGAAAUCCAGAAUGCCUCAAGGAAGGACAGAAGCAGUUCAAGGAGACGAAAGUAUUUUGGAGAAUCAUCUGGAAAACAGACAUGCUCCAACAGAAGAAAGAGUGGAUGGUUUUGGAGAUAAAACAAGAGAGAGCCAAGGAGGAGAGGAUCAGAUGAUGCUGACACUAAACCCAAGAACAGCUUCUCCAUCUUCUAGCAUGACUCUCCUUGGUCCUUGUGAUCAAAAGAUUGUGCACAAGGCGCAACCUUUUGUGCCACAGUGGUUUACUCAGCCAAAGCUCUUCCAGAGACAGAUCAGAGAGAACCUUGUCCCUCUUCAAGAUGUCCCAGUCAUCCAUCCUAAGUUGAGGAAGAAGCUGCAAGCCAAUGGAAUCGUGUCCCUGUUUCCAGUUCAGGCUGAGGUGAUUCCAGCCAUCUUGGAAUGUGGGCCCAACGGGGCAUUAGCUGGAAGGGGCGGCUACCAACCACGUGAUAUCUGCGUUUCAGCCCCUACAGGCAGCGGUAAAACAUUGGCCUUUGUCAUUCCUGUGGUGCAGGCACUGUUAGACCGCAUCGUCUGCCAUGUACGAGCUCUGGCAGUCUUGCCCACCAAAGAGCUGGCACAGCAGGUGACUAAAGUAUUCAAUAUUUAUACUGAUGGAACUGGACUGAAAGUUGUCCAGCUUACUGGACAGAAAUCUUUUGUGAAAGAACAAGAGUCACUUGUUGAGUCAACGCUAAUGGGAUUGCGUAGUCUGGCAGACAUUGUUGUAGCCACCCCAGGACGUCUGGUGGACCAUCUCCAACAGAGUCCCCAGUUCAGCUUGCGAGAGCUCCGCUUCCUGAUCAUUGACGAAGCAGAUCGCAUGAUUGACAACAUGCACCAGGACUGGCUGCAGCAAGUGGUGGAGGCUGUGUACCGGGCUGAAGAGGGCGUUGGUCCCAGCAGGCUGUUCAGACGGGUGCAGCUAAAUCCCUCCACAGCAGCAAGGGCUUGCUGCCCUCAGCUCCCUCUGCAGAAGCUCCUCUUCUCAGCCACGCUGACUCAGAACCCCGAGAAACUGCAGCAGUUAGGCCUCCACCAGCCUCGCCUCUUCACGCCAGCUCGGUCCGGGAAAGGGGCUGAUGCACUCGGGUCUCAGCCAUGCAGCAGGGAAAAGUACAUUCUCCCUGAGGGGCUCUCGCAAUAUUAUGUCCCGUGCAGCCUGAAUUGGAAACCACUGUUCCUCCUGCAUUUCCUGGCGAGACUGAAAUUCCCCCAAGUGUUGUGCUUCACCAAUAGCAAAGAAACCUCACACAGACUCUUCCUGCUAAUUCGUGCCUUUGGUGGAGUGAAUGUAGCUGAGUUUUCUUCAAAGCUGAGCCCAAGCAAAAGGAAGUUGACACUGAAGGAGUUCGAACAAGGCAAGAUCCAACUCUUGAUCAGCACAGAUGCCACAGCCCGAGGAAUCGAUUUUGACGGUGUGAAGUGUGUUGUCAGCUAUGACGCCCCUCAGUUCAUCAGAACCUACGUGCACCGGGUGGGCAGGACGGCUCGUGCCGGGAAGGCGGGCCUGGCUUUCACCAUGCUGCUGAAGCGGCAGGAGUAUAAGUUCCUAAAGAUGCUGAAGGACGCGGGCCUCCCAGAAUUGCAGCCCCAGCUGGUCAAGAGCACAUCCAUCCAGCCUCUCCUCCAGCAGUAUGAAGAAGCCCUGGCUGAACUCGCCCACGCUGUCAAGGAGGAACAGGCUGGAAAGCGAUCUUAAGGCAGACAGGAGAAAUAUCUGAGGUGCUGAGAACCAGCAGGACUGGAACUCAACUCCACACUCUCAAGCGCACAAUGCUCAGAAGCGGAUAUAAAUAAGGAAGAGCAGCUUGAAGUACCAAAGAAUGAAUGGAGGGUCAUAGCCUACAAAUUAAAUUAAAUUAAGAACUUUUUAACAUCUC